AUGGAGGCGGGGUUGCCCUCCUCGCCGCAGCUAGGCACCCUGGGCAGCCCCCGGACCUACACAUACACCGACGCCGAGCUGCAGUCGCUGCUGACGUGCGUGCUGGACGAGGGGCACGCCGGGCACCUGGAGGGGCUGGCACUGCCCAUGGGCGGCGGCCACGGGCCCGCGGGCGGCCACAGCCUGCAGUUCCUGCCCCACCUCCCCAUGCCCACCAGCGUCACCAGCUCCGAGCACGAGCCAGCCAUGUUCAUCCCCUCGGACUUUGCGGGGCCACAGGCGAUGGGCGGCGACGCGGCCCACCUGGCGGCCCCGCUGGGCCUGCCGCCGCUGCGGGUCGGCCAGCAAGCGCAGGGCCACCCGCACAUGAACGGCGGCAGCCUUGAGCUGGACCCCCUAGGCAGCCGCUCCAGCACCUUCACGAUGGCAGGGGCGCCCGGGGCGGCGCCGGCGGCGCAGCAGCGGCAGCAGGCGCGGCAGUCGCAGCGGCCCGGGCCGCGGGCGGGGCCCGCGGGCGCCGCGCGCGCCUCCUCGCUGCCCGUCCCCGCCGCGGCAGCCAAGCAGCCGCACAGCAUAGUGGAGAAGCAGCGGAGGGACCGCAUCAACCACCUGAUAGACGAGCUGCGGGACCUGGUGCCGCCGCAAGGCACCGCCGCGGAGCUGGGGGCGGCGAUGGCGGCGGAGGCGGCCGCGGCGGGCGACUCGCGGCGCCCAAAGCACGUGGUGCUCUCCGACACCAUCCGCCUCAUCAAGGACCUGCAGCUGCAGGUGGCGGAGAUGCAGGUCUCGCCGCCGGCUGAGGGCGCCAGGGCGUGGCACGAGCAUCAGAUGGUGACGGAAACAUUCAACAACAGCCACCUGCAGCCGCCCGCCGCGCCUCCCAACCCGCAGCCGUCCGCACCGCCGGCGCCGGCGCCGCCGCAGCAGGAGGCGGCGGCGCAGCAGGAGACCGUGGGGAUGGAGGUGCAGGCGGCGGCGCAGCAGGCGGCCUCAGGGUCCUUCCUCAGCGGCGACGGCCCGCACCCCGAGCUGCCGCACGCGCCCGACGACGACGCCGCGUCGGACAGCGGCGUGGUGGUGGAGAGCGAGGCGGGCCAGAUCCGAUACGUCAAGGUCACCUGCCCCGACCGCCACGGCCUGCUGGCGGAUGUGGUGCGUGCGCUGCGGGAGCUGCCUCUGGAGAUCACCACCGCCGCCAUCACCACGCGGCGGGACCAUGUCGUGUAUGACGUGUUCCAGGUGGAGGUGGAGGACCCUGCGCUGACCCAGGAGCAGCUGCGCGCCGCUGUGGAGGCCGCGCUGCACCCGGCCGGCGAGAAGAAGCGGAAGCAGGAGUGCCAGCAGUCGCCCUGCACCGCCCUGCUGGCCGGCUGA